AACAGCGCUGCUGCAGACUGUGUGAGUCCUCGAUCGCUCGCAAUUUGGGGAGCUCGUGGGAAAGCCGUUGGAGACCUACUUCUCGAAACAAGAGUACAACAAUAAAUGCCGUAAUUUCCAUUUGUUGGUUUUACAGAAUUCUUCGUUUAGAAUGGGUAAUGGGCUCAAUAAGGUCCUGCCUGACUUGUACUUGGGAAACUUCAAAGAUGCGAGGGACAGGGAACAGUUAGCAAGGAACAACAUCACACACAUCCUCUCCAUCCAUGACAGUGCAGCUCCUAUCCUGCCGGAGAUUACCUAUCUAUGCAUCUCAGCAGCAGACCUGCCCACACAAAACCUGACACAGCACUUCAAACAGAGCAUUAUGUUCAUGCACGAGUCCCGGCUGAAAGGAGAGGGCUGUCUGGUCCACUGUCUGGCGGGUGUGUCUCGGAGUGUCUCCCUGGUGGUGGCCUACAUCAUGACAGUGACAGGGCUGGGCUGGCAGGAGGCUCUGGCUGCUGUGAGGGUGGCUCGGCCCUGCGCUGGCCCCAACUUGGGGUUUCAGCGCCAGCUCCAGGAGUUUGAGACCACUCACGCUGACCAGUACAGGGAGUGGCUUCGGCAGGAGUACAAAGAGAGUCCCUUCAAUGACGAGGACGACAUCCGCAUCCUGUUGACAAGGAGUCUCAAACCCAACAGGGUGGCGGUGGAGGUGAAUAUUGAGCCCCCCACCCCUCCAGGAUUGCAGGGUACCUGAGACCCCUUAUCCAGGUCUUAAGUCUUGCAUUGUGGGAUGUUACCACUCUGGCCCCAAGGGGGGGGGGGGGGGGGGGGGGGUUCUCUCUCUGUCAGUACGCCGUUGGACCAGUCUCUCUCUCUGUUGUUGUCCCUUUGCUGGAGAAGACUGGGGGAGGAUGGGCCGAUUGAUGCACCAUUUUGAGAAGGUUUAUUGAUGUUUUAUUAUGGCUAAUACUACUGGUUUCAUUACCCCUAUUUUAUGUAUAUAGCUAUGUAUACCACGUUCUGUAUUUGUACUUGUUUUUCUAAAUCUUGAAAAUGUAUAAUAUUGUUACCAUGUCAUUUGUUUCUUCUUGAAGCCAUGUCAGCUUUUUGUGCAAUAAUAAAAGGAUUCAAGUCA